AGAAAGGCACACACAGGUAUAGAUCACCAAAAUAUCCAGAAACUGCGAGCUGAGGCAGCUCGGUACAAGCAGGCCAUGAGCAUCUCCUUCUCCGUCCUGCUCACCUUCCUGGCGCUGCUGGCCUGCCACAGCCACGAGGCCGCGGUGCUGGAGCGCUCGAUCUUUCUGAAGGAGAGCAUCCGGCUGCUGGGCGAGAUCCUCUCAACGCAGGUUUCCUGUGACAAGACGAACGUGACAAAUGUUUUUGCAGGCAAUGAGACAGACAACGACAUGGAGAUCCUAUGCAAAGCCUCCACGGUUGUUUUCGAGAGCCUGGGCUGCCACAAGCAGCUGAAGGGCAUCUACCUCAACUUGCUGCACAUCGCAACAAAGAGCAGCAGCGGCCUCAAGGCACCAUGUCCCGUGGCAGCAGGCAACAACACUACCUCACUGCAGGAGUUUCUAGGGGGCCUACACAGAACCCUCCAACGAGUAGCAAAAGAGAAUUUGUGAUUAUUUUUUUUUUUUAAAUUAUUAUAUUGACAUUGUAUUUGCAAAUGUUAUUUAUGAUUCUUUAAAUAAAUGUA